GUCGGUGGGUCCAGUAUGUUUGUAAAAGAGAUACCAGGGAAAGUUUAUGACUGGAGUCUGCAGAAGCAGAGCUUAGGACACCUUACCUCCCUAGACAAGAUAACAGUGGGCAGCUGCUUAGCAAGGUUUGCGUUGCGGGGAGGGGUCUACAUUUCUUUGUCUUUGGUUGCCGCCGUAUUUCCUCUACAACACGAGCCCAAGAGGAAGGGAAAAAUCAAGAUCUUUGGGAGUUCCCUGUUUUUUAUUUUUGAUAACCCAUCAAAAGACGGCGCCAGGAACUUUGCGUCCCCGGGAAGUCCUGGGGGUGGCCUUGGCCCGGGCGCCCCGCCAAGCUCGGGGAAGUCUGAGGGCUCCUGUUCCCGGGAGCGCUCAGGGGCGGCUCCGAGCCGGACCGCGCCUCCAGGAGGCGGAGCCGUGGGGCCGAGGCCGGAGACCCUCGAGGCUGCGCGGAGGGUUGACGCGGACUCCUGGCGCCGACAGAGGCUGUGGACAUUCAUGAUGACAAGCAGAGGAGUGCACCUCCUGCUCAGGCUCCUGUUCCUCCUGGCUGUCUUCUACAGUUCAGAUUCCAGUCUGAUGUGUUACCACUGUCUCCUCCCAAGUCCCAACUGUUCUAUGGUCACCAACUGUACACCUAACCACGAUGCAUGUCUCACUGCUGUAAGCGGGCCGCGAGUGUACCGUCAGUGUUGGCGGUAUGAAGAUUGCAAUUUUGAGUUCAUUUCCAACAGAUUAGAAGAGAACUCGUUAAAGUACAACUGCUGCCGCAAGGACCUGUGUAAUGGCCCGGAGGACGACGGGACGGCCUUAACCGGGAGGACGGUGCUGCUGGUGGCCCCGCUUCUGGCAGCCGCCAGGAACCUCUGUCUCUGACCUGACACCAGGAGGGCCUCCUCUGAAUGCCCCCGCUCUAGAGCCCCCUGUCCUUGCUGCUGUAUUCCAGAAGCUUUCACUUCCCUGCCUGGUUCCCGCUGGGAAAGAAUAAAAUGAACUCCAGCACUUUAGAGAAAAGAGAGGGAGCCCGAGAGGGCCGGGGAGCGUUCCUGGUGCAGGCCCGCGUGGGGGAGGCAGCGGAAGAGUGAAGCGGGUGCUGCCUGGGCUGGGUUGCGUGCUUCUGCUUCGCGCUGUGGGAGCCUGGCCUGUGGCAACAGCUUGAGCAGGAUCUCUGCAACCCUCGGGCGCUUCCCUCUGGUGUCCUGGAUGAGGUUAGGUGCAUGACCAGGGCUUUUCAUGGGGCAGGCCAGGAGGAUUCUUUUCUGUUUCUUUUCAUUAUUUUUUUAAAAAUAAAGAUUGUGUUAUUUAUUUGAGAGGCAGAGUUACAGAGAGAGAGGGGAGGGAGAGAGGGAGAGAGGCCCUCCAUCUGCUGGUUCAUUUCCAAAAUGGCCACAAUGGCUGGAGCUGAGCCGAUCUGAAGCCAGGAGCUAGGAACUUCUUCCAGGUUUUCCAUGUGGGUGCCACCUUCUAGUGCUUUCCCAGGCCAUAGCAGAGAGCUGUAUCAGAGGAGGAGGAGCUGGGACACAAACCGGGCCCAUUUGGAUGCCAGUGCUGGAGGCAGAGGCUUAACCCACUACGCCACAGCGCCAGCCCCUGCAAUGAGGCUCUUAAUGCAGGCUGAUUGGAAUGACCGUUCUCAACCAGGGGACAUCUGGCGGGGGGGGGGGGGGGGGUAGGCUGUCCAGAUGGCAGGGUGUGGAAACCCAAGGUUGGCUUUAGAGACGUGCCAGUGACUGAAAUUUGAGUUUUCCUUUGUCUCUAAAUUUUGAAUGGACUUCGCUGUCUUUCACUAGAAAAACAUAGAGCAUGUAAUGAAUGGUGUGUGGAAUCUGUCCUCCCCCGCCCCCUUUUUAAAUUGGAACAGUGGGAUAUCUUGGCUUUGCAUGCACACUGUUAAGGAGUGAGCGGUCUACUGUGUGCAUACUUGUGUUUUAAAUGUCCCUGGUAGGAGGACCUUUCCAUGUGUGUGUGUUGGGGGUGGGGGGAGUGCAGUGGGACAGCCUUUGGGGCUGCAAUUUGAGACUUCCUAUUAAUAGCAACAAAUCCGCGGGCACGUGUUUUGCCGGCCUCCCUUCAGCCCGGUGACUGCUGGCUGACUCAGCACGGACUGUCAGCACGCUUUAGCGUACGCUGAAGCUGUCAGGAAGGUGUAGGUGCCUGCCUCUGGGUGCUGUAAAUCAAAGUCAUUAACCGGCUCCAGGAAAUCGGAAUGGUCUUUGUACUCCUAGGACCUUGGCUGCAUCUAACAACACAGCUUCAUCUUUGCAGAUAAAAGAAGAAUUUCUUGAUUAGCUUUUUAAAAUGUAUUCUUUGAAGACGCCUGAAUGCAAAUAAAUGACACCUUUCUGAAAAUAAAGUGAAUCAAAUGGC